GACCCGGGGGGAGCUGUAGCGGCGGCGGCGGCGGCGAGGCCCGGCCGGUAGUGACAGUUAUGGAAGGAAAUGGAAAAACUGCUGCAUCAGGUCAUCCGAAAUUUCGCAUACCAAAGAAGAAACCAAACACAAAGUCAGAGGAUGUCCAUGUUCAGUCCCCUUUGUCAAGGCUCACAGACUCCCACCAAUGGGACUGCCCUUUACAAGAGUGGAAAUUAAGGGCAAGAAAUCAAGAGCCUUAUCCAAAGUGGAAAAGACAAAGGGACUUUGACAGACCCAGCUUCAUUGGCGAAGGAUCAACAAUUGGGCAACCCAAAGUUAUGUUGACGAAUGUCCUGAGGACAGAAAUAGGAAGAAAAUACACACAGAGCCAGCUUAUAACUGAUGCUAAUUUAUCUGAUGUUGACAAGUUGCAAUCAGAUCGACCACCCUCAUCCUCCGUUGCCAGCCUAGAGCUAUUGCAAAUAUUAAAUCCUCCUCUCCAAAGCCUUUUUAUAUCCAAAAGGCAACCCAAAGUUAUUUUGAAGAAUGUCCUGAGGAUGAAAAUUGGAAGAAAAUACAUAAAGAGACCGCUUAUAACAGAUGCUAAUUUAUCUGAUGCUGACAAGUUGCUAUCAGGUCAACCACCCUCAUCAUCUGUUGCCAACUUGCAGACAUGUCACAUAUUAAGUCCUCCUCACCAAAGCCCUUUUAUAUCUAAAAGGAAUGAAUGGCGCCAGAAGAAGACAGAUGACAGUCUUCUGAAAUUGUCUGAACCUUCUAAAGAAGCAGAAAGCAAUAAUGCUCUGUUUACUGUAAGACGAUAUGACCAGCAGAAGAAAGAAAACAAGGAAAGCGAUCAACAAGAUAAAGAAAGCAAAAUCUUGAACUAUACCUCUUUUGGUUUGAGGGAAGCAAGUUGUCUGAAUUCUGAGAAGAGGAAAAGAAGAUUUAGUGGCCAUUUUCCUGAUCCGUGUAAUGCAAGUUCCCCUGGAAAAGUACCAUCGUCAUAUAAAGAACGAAGAAUAAUUUCAACCCAGGGCCACAGAUCUGACCUGAUUCAGGAAAAUAUUUCCCUGGUUGUAGAGGCAGCAUGUAAAGAAACAUCCAUCCAUGACCAUUUGGAACCAGCUCUCAGCUGUGCAAAGGAACACUGCUCAGAGGCUCCUCCCAGGAGUUCAUUGCAGAAGCAGUAUUCUGCCACCAGUGAGGAUGUGAGGAUUUCCCCACUAGUUGGCACUGCUGGUAAACCAAAGAUGGACAUGUCAGAGUAUCUGAGCAAGUUGCGCAACAGAAUCUGCAAGGGAAAUCAGUCAUUUGUUUCAGCUGAGCCAAUUGUUCUUUCCAGCGACGAUGAAGGAUCUUCUGAACCAAAAGAUCCAGAAAAGCUGGAUCUGCAGCCUGUGUAUGAUGACACAACUGAUAAUAAAGAAACAGAGCAAGAGCCUGAGUUACCUUUGGCAGAAGAGCUAUUGCAAGAUGUAACUGAAGAUGAAGAGCAGCUCUGUAUUUCAACUGAACCACUUGAAGAUAACUCUUCCAUAGACUUACCUUCCUGUAACACAUCCAGUAUACAGAUGGGGCCAGCAUUAGAUAUUAAGAUUACUACGCUGUAUAUAGGAAACAUAAAAGGAACGUCAACAGGUUGUGUUACGUUUACUACAAGGUAUAUUAAGAUCCCAUUUCAAGUGGCUCCUAAUAAGAACAUAGAGUUGUCAGUGGAUACCAUACACCUAAGAAAGUUUGGCCUGUGGAGGAAUAAUGAAGAUUGUCACUCUUCAAGGAGUAGCACUUUCAUUUUCCUUUGGCUGUCUGCAGACUACGUAGAAAAGAUUGAAACCCAAUUAGAAAAGUCUGUUUUAAGCAAGCCAUCCAAAUCUAGCGAAUUCGUUUUCCUUGAACUCGUCCAACCGCUCACGGAAAGAGAACAGAUUAAGCUGAAUGAGAUGAUUGCGGAAGUGAGCAAGAAAAACAGGUCACCAGAUCUCUCUGACUUCUUGUCUUGGAAGCAGGCAUUACCUUUGUUUAAGGACUUGUCGCCUGAGGAAAGCUCCUUUAUGAAUUGUUGCCAGGCUUCAUUUCAGCAGCAGAUGCAGAAGGACAGCGCUCCAGUUCUUGUGAACCCCCUACCUCAGCAGGAACCAAAAGCAAAUGUCACCAAGCCAAGUUAUGCUCUAUUGCAGAAGCAAAAUGGUGGUUGUUAUUCCAUUGCUCUGUCAUCUAAGUCAGAUGAUGAGUGGAAAGAAAUAAGAGAAACUGGACCAGUUCAGAAUUUGAUUGUUUAUCCUGCCCCACCCACAAAAGGAGGACUAGGUGUCACAAGAGAGGAUCUAGAGUGUCUGGAGUAUGGAGAAUUCCUCAAUGAUGUCAUCAUUGACUUCUAUCUUAAAUAUCUCUUGUUGGAGAAAGCACCAAAGCAGCUUGCUGAGCGGUCGCAUAUUUUUAGCAGCUUCUUCUAUAAGUGCCUGACCAGGACAGGAAAAAACUCCGAAGAAGAUCCCAAACUGUCAGUGGCACAAAGAAGACAUAAAAGAGUAAGAACAUGGACUCGACAUAUAAACAUCUUUAAUAAAGAUUACAUCUUUGUGCCUGUUAAUGAGGAGUCUCACUGGUACAUUGCAGUUAUUUGCUUUCCUUGGUUAGAAGAAGUGGUAUAUGAGGACUGUCCAAAUCAGGGGUCAUUGUGGUCCCAGACUCAGCAAUCUCCACUUCAGUCCGAAAAGAAGAGAGAAACAGUUAGAACCAACACAGUGCUGGUCUUCAAUGAUAAUUGGAAGAAUAAAGAAGAACUGGAUGUAAAGAGCAAUCUGCACUCAGAAGGUAAAGAUCAUCAUGCUUCGUCUCCAAACUUGGAGUCAAAUCAUUAUGAAAGCUCUUUAAGUAAUUCCAAAUUAAAGAAACUUUGUAAAAGGCCUUGUAUACUCAUCUUGGAUUCUUUGAAAGCAGGUUCUCUGCAGAACACAGUUCAGAUCUUGAGAGAAUACCUGGAAAUAGAGUGGGAAGCUAAACGAAAAACACACCGGGAAUUCAGCAAAUCAACGAUGAUGGAUUUCUGUCCCAGAGUCCCGAAACAGGAUAACAGCAGUGAUUGUGGGGUAUAUUUACUGCAGUAUGUGGAAACCUUCUUCCAGGAUCCUGUUGUUAACUUUGAGCUACCAAUGCAAUUGGAGCGGUGGUUCCCUCGUCGGGUGGUGAGGAGCAAACGGGAAGAAAUUCGAGACCUGAUCUUGCAACUGCACUUGCAACAGCAAAGCGGCAGCAGCAGCUAA